GUCUGGAUUCUGUAGGUGGGAGCGGGCAGGAACUCGGCGACUCCGCGGCUGAAUGACAGGGAGGGGCCCCGUCAUCUCCAACAUGGCAGCUUCUACGGGGCGAGGACCUGUCCCCACUUCCGGGUUCCGUACCGCUGGCCAGGCUACUUCCGGCAGCGCGAUGGCUGGGUUCCCGGGACUCGAACGGAAGUUCCGGCGGGGGCGGCCGAGGGGGAAGAGUGUGUGUCUGUGCGGGAGAAAGAGGAGAAUCGCCCGAGUGGUCUCGAAAGCCCAGGGAGUGCAGGCCCCCGCCGUGGAGCCGCGUGGUGUAUGUGUGGUAACACCAUGUCUGUGCCCCUGCUCACCGAUGCUGCCACCGUGUCUGGAGCUGAGCGGGAAACGGCUGCGGUUAUUUUUUUGCAUGGACUUGGAGACACAGGGCACAGCUGGGCUGACGCCCUCUCCACCAUCCGGCUCCCUCACGUCAAGUACAUCUGUCCCCAUGCGCCGAGGAUCCCUGUGACACUCAACAUGAAGAUGGUGAUGCCUUCCUGGUUUGACCUGAUGGGGCUGAGUCCAGAUGCCCCAGAGGAUGAGGCUGGCAUCAAGAAGGCAGCAGAGAACAUCAAGGCCUUGAUUGAGCACGAGAUGAAGAAUGGGAUCCCUGCCAACCGAAUCGUCCUGGGAGGCUUUUCGCAGGGUGGGGCCCUGUCCCUCUACACAGCUCUCACCUGCCCCCACCCUCUGGCUGGCAUUGUGGCGCUGAGCUGUUGGCUGCCUCUGCACCGCGCCUUCCCCCAGGUGAGCAUCCCCACGGGGCCCCCUUCUGCCCUUUGGGUGUCUCUGUGGCUUGGGGACUGUGCUGUAGCACUGGCUUUGCCUUGGGCCCUGUCUGACCUGCAGGCAGCGAAUGGCAGUGCCAAGGACCUGGCCAUCCUUCAGUGCCAUGGGGAGUUGGACCCCAUGGUACCUGUGCGGUUUGGGGCCCUGACAGCCGAGAAGCUCCGGUCUGUUGUCACACCCGCCAGGGUCCAGUUCAAGACGUAUCCAGGUGUUACGCACAGCUCCUGUCCUCAGGUCAGUAGGGGACCACUUUCCACUCCCACUCCUUUCCUCCUUCACCCUCCUUCCACCCAGGAGCCCCUCACAAUGCCCCUCGCUUCGCUCUCCUCAGGAGAUGGCAGCCGUGAAGGAAUUUCUCGAGAAGCUGCUGCCUCCUGUCUAACCAGUCGCUGGCCCCCAGCACAGCCCCCCCAGCUCGUGGGGGACCCGGCAAGCAAGCGCGGCACCGUCUUGGAUCUGAGCCGGUGGAGCCUCUGUCCCCAACCUUCCUGACCCGUCCUCUUCCCGCAGGCCUCUGGGGCAGGUGGCGAGGCCUGGCCAGGCCUUCCUUCCUGGCCUCAGCGGCCUGGCUCUGUCUGCAGCAGGGCGGGAUGCUCUCUUGCCCCAUUUCCCUGGAGGCGGGCCCCCCGGCAGCAGUAUUAGAGGGGCUGUAGGCAGCUGGAGAAAGGGGCCCAGCCGCUGAACCACUCACUCAGGACCUCACUCACUUGCCCCGCUUUGGGCCCCCUCCUGUGACCUCAGGGUUUGGCCCAUGGGGCCCUCCCAGGCCCCCACCCCGACUGAUUCUGCCCAGAUAAUCGUGUGUCUCUCCUGCCUCCACUCCAGCUGCUUCUCAAUCACGAAUGUGGCCAUGGCCCCAGGCCCCCUUGCUGCUGUGGGCUCCCUGCCCCUGGGCAGGAGUGCUGGGGAGGAGGUGGAGUCUUUCCGGGGGGCCUUCCCUCAGCUCUUUCCCUCCACUUGGGGGCUGGGCCCUGCCUCCCCGUCACCCUCCUCUUCUGCAGGCCUGGUGCCUGCAGGGCUGGACUGAGGCUCAAGGUCUCCCCCGCUGUCUCACCCCCACUUUGUCCCCACUCUAGGGCAGGGAGGUGGUGGGGGAGGAGUUGUGUCUCGUCUUCUGUCUCCAUGUGGUUUUGGGUGUUUUUCUUGUUGUGUCCUGGAUUCCGGUAAAAUUAAAGAAACUGCUUCCUCAAC